CCCAGCGUUUCUGUUACAGUGUUACAGCUCUUUUAGAAUUUGUCUAGUAGGUUUUCCGGUUUUUUCCGGAAAACCCUUUUACAUGUUGUGUUUUAACAGUAGAUAUCAUUUGUUUUAGUUUUCGUUUUUUGUGUUUUUCAGGGCGGUUUUGCGUAGUAAGUUUGUUACGGUUCUUUGACUUUUUGGAUAGUUCCAAACUGAACCACUAGGGUUACGCCAUUGUAGCUUCCGGCUCCGGCUGAUGCUGCUUCCCAUCCACUCCCAUCGGUCUUAGGAGGUAGUCCUUUUCCUGCAAAGCUUUCCCGCGGUGUGGCUGCACGUGCGGUUUUUAUGGUUCUAUAUGGCGUCCGCCUCGGCCCCACCCGCGGCCCUGAGCGCCGAACAGGCCAAGGUGGUCCUGGCUGAGGUCAUCCAGGCGUUCGCGGCCCCGGAGAACGCCGUGCGCAUGGACGAAGCUCGGGACAACGCGUGUAACGACAUGGGCAAGAUGCUGCAAUUUGUUCUGCCCGUGGCCACGCAGAUCCAGCAGGAGGUCAUCAAAGCCUAUGGUUUCAGCUGCGACGGGGAAGGUGUCCUUAAGUUCGCCCGCUUGGUGAAGUCCUACGAAGCGCAGGAUCCCGAGAUUGCCAGCCUGUCAGGCAAGCUGAAGGCUCUGUUCCUGCCACCGAUGACGCUGCCGCCUCACGGGCCUGCACCAGGUGGCAGCGUCGCUGCCUCCUGAGGGGCUUGGCCCUCCCCUGUGUGGCUUCGGAGAGUGGAAGACCUUAGCUUCCCAGAGGGUAAUAAAUGUGCCUGUGACUUG